ACGUGGAGGCGGAGCUGCGGGAAGUGGACAUGGGCACAGGGUGUGCUGCCGUUCACCUGAGAGCAGAACUGGAAAGAGGGACUGUGUGGAGGUCCCACCCCCUGCUACAGGAACAAACUAGACGAAGGGGGAGGGAGAAGUCAGGACUCCACGGUGAAUAAAUCCUGGGUCUCAGUGAACAGGACAGUGCGACAGCGACAAGAGAAUCAGGAUAAAGAGUCCAUUGAAGACUUGAACAAAUGGGCCCUAUUUCUUGUUUCUCCUUUUAUACUUGAAGCAGAACACAUAGCAUUUGUUACUGAGAGCAUUUGGGUACAAGGUGAGAGUUUACAGAGACCAUCUUCCUCUUCAGAAACCAUUGUAAAGUGGUCAGACUGUUGCCUGCCAUUAGCUUGCAGACCUGGGGAGCCUUACCGAUUAAUUGCUGAAGCAAGCGUGGACAAUUUCAGCAAGCUUGGGGUGGCGUUCAUGGAAGACAGACUCCAGAUGGAUAAUGGACUCGUACCCCAAAAGAUCGUUUCAGUGCACUUGCAGGACUCUACUCUGAAGGAUCUUAAGGAUCAGGCCUCAAACAAGCAAGCUCAAAUCCUGCAGCCGGACCCUGAACCUGCUCUUGAGAUUGAGCCCAAGCAGGACAUUAUGGAGCACGUUGGCAGAGAUGGCCCGAAGGUUCUUGGUGAAGAACCCAAGCAGAGGAGAGGCAGUGCCUCUGGUAGUGAGCCUGCUGGGGACAGUGACAGGGGAGGGGGCUCUGUGGAGCAUUAUCACCUCCAUCUGUCUAGUUGCCAUGAGUGUUUGGAACUAGAGAACAGCACCAUUGAGUCGGUCAGGUUUGCAUCUGCAGAGAACAUUCCAGAUCUUCCCUAUGAUUACAGCAGCAGUUUGGAGAGCGUUGCUGAUGAGACCUGCCCUGAGACGGAAGGGAGGAGAGUCAACAUCACUGGAAAGGCACCCAACAUCCUAGUCUAUGUGGGCUCUGACUCCCAGGAAGCUCUUGGCCGGUUCCAGCAGGUCCAGUCUGUCCUGGCCGACUGUGUGGACACCGACAGUUACGUUCUCUACCACCUGCUGGAGGAAAGUGCUCUCGGAGACCCGUGGCCAGAUAACUGUCUGUUGCUGGUCAUUGCCACCAGCGAGUCCAUUCCUGAAGAUCUGUACCAGAAGUUCAUGGCCUACCUUUCUCAGGGAGGGAAGGUGUUGGGCCUGUCUUCGUCCUUCACGUUUGGUGGCUUUCAAAUGACAAGCAAGGCUGUACCACAGAAGACGGUCCAGAACUUGGUUUUCUCCAAGUCUGACCAGAGUGAGGUGAAGCUCAGCAUCCUAAGCAGUGGCUACGUUUACACGGAGGGUCCCGGAGAGCGGCUUAGCCUGGGCAAGCUCCAGGGCCACCUAGAGAGCGAGGACCAGGACAGGAUGAUCAUCCAAGUGCCUUUUGGAACAUGUGGAGGAGAAGCUGUUCUUUGCCAGGUGCACUUAGAACUACCCCCCAACUCUGCCGUAGUGCAAACUCAAGAAGAUUUUAACUUGCUUAAGUCGAGCAAUAUUAGAAGAUAUGAAGUCCUAAAAGAGAUUCUCACAACCCUUGGCCUAAGCUGUGAUAUGAGACAAGUUCCUGCCUUAACACCUCUUUACUUGCUGGUGGCCACGGAGGAAAUCUGGGAGCCCCUUAUGCAGUGGCUUGGGAAACAUGUCGGUCCUGAAGGAGAAAUAAAAUCCAGCAAGCUCUCUCUUAAAUUUGUUUCAUCCUGCACGUCUGAGAUAGAAAUAACCCCGUCCUCUAUACCUGUGCUUACUGACAAGGAGGCCUUCUCAUCAGAAAAUUUUAACUUAGAGAUAUAUCGGCAAAAUCUGCAGACCAAGCAAUUUGGAAAAAUAAUUCUGUUUGCAGAAGUGACACCCACGACCAUGAGUCUGCUGGAUGGGUUGAUGUUUGAGAUGCCGCAGGAAAUGGGAUUAAUAGCGAUCGCAGUCCGGCAGACCCAGGGCAAAGGGCGGGGAAGGAACGCGUGGCUGAGCCCCGUGGGAUGCGCGAUUUCUACUCUGCUCAUCUCCAUCCCACUGAGAUCCCAGCUGGGUCAGAGGAUUCCGUUUGUCCAGCAUCUGAUGUCCUUGGCUGUCGUGGAAGCAGUAAGGUCCAUUCCUGAGUAUCAGGACAUCAACUUGCGGGUGAAGUGGCCCAACGACAUUUAUUACAGUGACCUCAUGAAGAUUGGUGGAGUUCUGGUUAACUCAACGCUUAUGGGAGAAACGUUUUAUAUACUUAUCGGCUGUGGGUUUAAUGUGACUAACAGUAACCCUACCAUAUGUAUCAAUGACCUUGUUGCCGAGUACAACAAGCAACACAAGGCAGAACUGAAGCCCUUAAGAGCCGAUUAUCUCAUCGCUAGAGCCGUGACCACGCUGGAGAAACUGAUCGACACCUUUCAGGACCAAGGGCCCAGCGGCGUUCUUCCCCUUUAUUAUAAAUAUUGGGUACACAGUGGUCAGCAGAUCCAUCUGGGAAGUGCGGAGGGCCCAGUGGUGUCCAUAGUCGGCCUGGACGACUCUGGCUUCCUGCAGGUUCAUCAGGAGGGUGGCGAGGUCGUGACUGUGCACCCCGAUGGCAACUCCUUCGACAUGCUGCGGAACCUCAUCCUCCCCAAACGGCAGUAGCGCCCGGCGCCCUGACUCGGGGCCGGCACUUGCGCAGUGGGCGAGGACGCCACCGGGCCGCCUUGGGUCAGGGCCAAGUGCAGAACCACCUCUCGAGCAUUCUGCCUCCGUCACGGCCGCCCGUCCUGGCCCAUCUGGAAACCCAGUUUAGGGUGAAGGUGAAGUUUUUCUUCCACCAGUUCAUUUGUUAACUCUUUAAUUUUUUAAUUAUUUUUUUUUAAGGUUUGUUUUGUUGCUAUAAUUUUAUUUGGUGUUUGAAGAGGCUCUGGGAUAGAGGGUUGAUGAGUGGAAGAUUUAGCUUAGGUAAAGCCUUCCUGUAGGUGUGAAAUCGCUCUCCCCUCUUGGAUUUAUGUUUACUGGGUUGGGGGUUUACGUGGAAGCAGCAGUGGGGUAAUUCAAACAUUUUCCCAGUAGUGGAGACCUUUACCGCUAGACUAUUAAAAAACAAAUCAAAAAAUGCUCUUGGGCCCAGGCCGGUGGUGAGUUAGAGGUAUGAUGGUAUCACUGUUUAUAAGCAUCUAGGGAGGGAUUUACCUGUGAGAACGUACAUUGGCACUUAGUCAUUGUUUUAUUUUGGGGUUAAUGGAGAAAAGAGAAAGCAGACUUCCAAGAGCUACUCUCCACCUGGCGGUGGUGUGGUCCGCUAACAGUGUCUAAAUGCCUGUAGAGAUACAUCUAGCUGGUACGGUUGCAGUGACUUGCAGAGGAAGUCAGUUAAUUACUUUGACAUUAUAUUAUGAGCUCUCCUUUCCCGAGUUUAAAUUUACUGCAUAUUGUGAAGAGAUGGCAUCAAGCUCAAGAUCCUUAGAGCAUUGAUCAGGCAUUGCCUGGACGCGGGGGUGGACGAUUUGGCUCUGACAGCUGGGAGACGAAGGCUCACUCUCACACCACAUGCAAGGGAGGAUUUGGAGCUUUUAAGCCAGUUUCAGGUUUGCUUUGAAAUGCGGAACAUUCCUGCAAGACUGUGCAGUGCACAGAAUGUAGAAUACAUGGCAUUUUAUUUGUAAGUCAUAAUCUUUCGUUCACUUUUUCCUUAUACUGCCAAGAAAGAAAACAUUACCAAUACUCGCGUCUACGGCCAUGCCGCCCUGAACGCGCCCGAUCCCGUCUGACCUCAGAAAACAUUACCGAUGCUGAAUACCAUCAGUUCAGAAAGAGGAUGUGUGUGUGUGCACACGUGCCUGCGUCAUGUGUGUGCACACACAUAGCAUUAAGAGACGACAGUCAAAAUCUGAUGCACUAAAAGUCUCCAUGGAAGAACAAAAGAAAGGAAGCCUUUUGAUAUACAUUUGCUAUUUCCAGAUGUACCCCAUGCUUUUUCCAUGUAAUUCCUAUCUCUGUUGAACUUAUGAAUCAUGCCCAUUACUUUACAGCCUUAAAAGGACAAUUUUUGUCUACUUUUCUCUUUUCCUGCCAGUCCCAACUGAAAUCAGUGGAAAGAAAGUCUGAUGGAGCUUUCAGCUUUGAACAAAAUCCCUUCAUUGUAAACUAGCACCAUCUUUAUCCAGGUCUUACCCAGUCAGGCUAAUUCCAGCAACUUGUGGUUUUCAGUGUGAAAUCUGUCUACCUUUAGCCAGGCACAGACAGCCCCAUAGGAAGAAAAAAAAAAUAACAUGUUAAGUUAAAUACACCAACUCAAUAUGUAUUUUUUGGAAACGUAACUUUAAAAGAACUUAAAGUAAUUUUUGCAAAUAAGGCUUCAAUUAGAAUUAUUUUUCUAAAAAAUAAAAUCAUGCUCUCCUAAAUGCCCACGUCUUCUUUGGAAUUAGUGACAAGUUUAACUAAAAGUCCACACCACCCUAAAAUUAUUAUACAAAAUGGACUCACCCUUCAGAGGGCGUCUGCAAAAUAUCAUCAGGGACAAAGAUCUCCGGGCUAAUGAUGCAAGUUUCAUUUCUCCAGCUUCGUAAUAUAAGGCAAGUCAUCUCUCAGAGCUGCCAUCGUUACUUUUUGAAUGUCUUUGGGGGUUAUUUAAUGAAAAACAUGCUAUGUUUUGUUUUAAGCUGAAGUUCUAUUCUGGACAUUCUGCUUUGGGAAAAAUGUUAUUUAAUUUCCUUUCUGUAAAUUAAAACUAAUGAAGUGUGGCCAUGUCAAAGGAUACGGAGAUGUUCCGGGCGUCCUGCUUUGCCUCUGCGCUUCUAGCAGGCUGCUCUUGCUCGUGCGGGAGACAAAUAGCCUUGAAGCAGAUGCUGCAUUUUCCAUAAACCUGAUUUUGCCUCACAUGAACCAAAGACUCCUAAAAUUCUGCUUCAUACAGAACAGCUGAAUAUAAAGGCAUUUUAGCUGUUGGUGUUAGGGAAACCCAUCUACCUGCAAUGCCUCACUCUAUCACUCUAGGGUUUGGGCCGUUUGUGCACCCCGCAAUCUGUGAUCGCAAGGAGCUUUAAAGUCUUAGUGGAAACUUUGCAUUUCUUUACGCGUAAUCUUUAAAACGUGGCCACUAAACUCAGGAUGGGUGUGUACUUUUAGAAUAUCGGAUUACCCCCCAGUUAGAGGCUGUAGGUUGAGCAUCUAUAGUGUUUUGUAAAAGGUAAAGCAGCAUUCUCCCUUCAGGGUUGGUAGCAGAUUUUUGAGGGAGACUCUUGGGGACAUGUCCCCUAAAAUAGGACACAGCAAUCACUGGGCUUCCUGUGUCCCAACCCCACCCCCAAACAGUGGCUUCGACAUUGGGGAUGCUGGCAGGGCAUGGUGGAAGUAGGAAGGAUUUGUGUCUGCAGUAAAAUCGUCAGUGGGUUUCACCGCAGCACACUGAGGUCACCUGAUGUGGGAGCCAGCGGCCCAGCUGAGGCGUGGGGUGGGGGGGUGCACAGGCCUGCGUAGGGGAGCCCUGGAAGGGCGCAGCCUCUGGAGGUCCCUCCACCUCUGACAUAUACAGCAAGGCUGCCCUCACCCUGGAGUCUGGGAACAAGGAGAAAAGCCGGCCUCACCUAACAGUUCAGAGCGCAAAAGGGGGGUGUCCUAGGCUCACAGCCCUGGGUCUGUUUGCUCCCAACAGGCAGAAAAUGGAGAAUCCUUAUUCCUGGGUAAUUACUAUGCAUAUCUGAAAUAAAGCGUAAGCCUUUGCAUUUUUAGCUUUUCAAAGAAUGUCUCUGAAAAGAAUCACU